GGAGCCAGAUUGGACAUCUAUUGUUCAUUCCAAGGUAGAUGCAAACCUGACCUCUCUUCCAACAAGAUUUCAAGGGGAUGAAGAUGUACUAGACGCUUCUGUGAUCUAAAUUUUUGAUAUUGUCACUCCUCUGUAAUGUAUUGCUAAGGUUCCAUCUUUAAUCUUCUUAGGUCCAAGGUAAAAUGAUGAUGCUCAAAGGAUUGGGAAUUACCAUUGAUGAAUUUAGCUCCCACUUUCCCCCCAUCGUCACGCUCAACAGAACACCUCACCAGCUUCUUCCUCGCCCCCUUCUCCCUGUUCCUAGCAGAUCUUCUCGCGUUUGCAACAUUUCUUCUUUCCAGCCCUGAGAUAAUUUGGUUUGUUCUCUCCCCUCCCCCACCCCCCUCUUUUGACUGCCGAAACUAUCUGUAUACUUUGUCAUCCCAUUACCCUUUCCUCUACUUCCACACUUUGUCUUUCCUUUCAUAUGCCUGCUAGACUCAAUGAGAGAGAACAGAGGAAUCCUCACCUCGACUCGAUAACCUCCCGAGACCUUGUGAUGAACCGGGGGGUUGUGGACUAGGUGGUGGGCUAGAAAUGAGGAUUCGAAAGCAACUUUGUCUUUGAAUGUAAUUGAAAAGGCCAUCACUCAAUACCGAGCUUUCUCGAGGCAUACAUACUGCUUCCUACCUGGCCACCAUCUUCCAAUCAACAAAUUGGCUGUGGAAUUGCCGUCGAUGGCUGGGGGAGGAUUCUGCGUUUGAAAGAUCUGAGCAGCCGUUAGGUCUCUAUUCACCAAACGCCCACGAUACCAAGUGAAAUUGCAUGCACGAUCAAUGCGAUCUCCAAGUCAAAUUUUGGGUAGUGCCGUCACCCCGUACAAUGACGGAGUGAACAUACUCCGUGAGUUUGUGAAGAAACAGCACGCGUAGAAGGAGAAGAAUGGGUGAAUGUCAACACCCCAUCGAGUGCCUAGCUUCUCUGGCCAAUCAUGACAGCUCUGCACAGACAUGUGAUAGCGAAAAGAGUUUGAUGGUGUGUGAUCUCGACUGUUUGCGCGUCAAGGGCCUUUGAUGUAAGGCAUCCGUGCAGGUGCGGCCUAACGUGUUAUCGCCUAGCGUCGCAACAAGCCCCUCAAUAAUCUCUUCACCCGGUAAAAGUGCCUCUGCUCUUUUCCUUCCCACAUGAUCCUCUCUUCACGUGUAUCGCAUCAACCAUCAACAAGAACACAAAGAACUUCUCCCCAACGAAGUACUUAACUCGCGGUGUUUUCGCAUUACGGCCAAUAUUCUGAGGGUUGUCUCUUUUGUCUCAGUUCGGUCUUUAUACCCAGUCAGGGCCGUCAAGCUUUGUUUCCGUGACAUUGCAGUUUUGGUCACUCGUGAUCAAUUGAAUGGUUGUCUAACAACAUCAUCUGACCUUGAUCCUGUCCCCUUGGCCCCCGUCCAGAAUUCGAGUGGUUGGCGAUUUAACAAUAUCAAAAAGUUCCAUCGUCCGCAUUUUACUACUGUGGUCGCGUUCGCACGAGAGCCUCGGGCACGGAAGGGAGGAACGAAAGAUAACCAGCACCAACCGAUCAUUGGGUGAUCACAGUAAAAAACAAGGUACUACACUGAAGGGCACAGAAACGUUCGUUUCGAAGAUCACGGCGACGAACUACUGCAGCUGAGCGCCUCGAAGCAUCAGAGCGAGUCACCGAUACGUCUCCAUUGCUUCCGUAACAGCCGUACCCUCUGCACUAGAAGAAGACGGUCGUUGCACUUGUGCCAACCUCGGUAGACACGUCAUUAAAUCGCGAAAGAUCAGGUUCAGCCUUAAAUCUAUCUACCAACCCCUCGAGGUCAUCUGCGCCUUACGAUUGUUAAUUCCUUGAAUCCCCCACAAAUCACCGUGCAAGGCUCGUCACGAGGACAUCGGAUUAUCGCAAUGGCAGACAUGGACCUUGAACAUUCAGGAUUGCAGGAAGUAGCAAAUGCUAUGCGGGAAGAGAAUGCUAAUAUGAGCAACACUGCACAAAAGCGGAAGCGGGACUCCGAAUCAGCUGAUGACACGAGGCGCCUUAACAACAAGCGUGUUUCCCCGAAUUCUGUCAAUGACUCCGGUGACCAAUCGAUGGUCAAUCAGCAGAUCGGUGAUGUAGAAGCCCUGCAAAACUAUGCCAACCUCCAACACAAUCAACAAAUUCAUCCCGAUCAUCAAAAUGGUGCCGCAGAUCAUGCUAACGCCUCAUCUACUGCCGCUGCGGCACUUGCUGGAAUCUAUCCAACCAUGACAAUUCCACAACCAACAGAUGUCUCUUUUGCUUCGCAAGCCUCCGAGAACGAUCGUCACCAGGAUUCGUCUUUUAUGGAUAAUAGCCAGCAACCCGACAAUAGCUUCAUGGACAAUUCGCAACAGCAACAUCAGUCUCAAAGUCGAAGUUCUGGUUCAAAACCUGUUGUCGGAUCCGAUGAAUGGCACAAGGUCCGAAAGGACAAUCACAAAGAAGUUGAGAGACGUCGCCGAGAAACCAUCAAUGAAGGUAUCAACGAGUUAGCGAAGAUUGUACCCGGAUGUGAGAAAAACAAGGGAUCUAUUCUACAAAGAGCUGUUCAAUUUAUCACCCAGCUUAAGGAGAAUGAGACUCAAAACAUUGAGAAAUGGACACUGGAGAAGCUUCUCACUGAACAGGCCAUUGCGGAACUCAGUGCUAGCAAUGACAAGUUGAAGACAGAAUGUGAAAGAGCAUGGCGUGAAGUUGAGACGUGGAAGAAGACAUGUCAAAGUGCUGGCCUAGCACCCAAAAAGGAAGAUGCUGGUGCUUCGGAUAAUUAGAUGAUGAUGGAGUCUUGAGAAUAUUGGGCGGUCUUCUCCUACAUUGUUGGUCCCAACGCGAUAAGAUGAUACCCUUUAAAGACAAUGUUUUCGAGCCUUUGUGUAUCGACUUAUCACUUUUCAUUGUUUCUCUGGGAGAAGUAGGGAUUUUGGAGAUGGUCAGGUAGCUUUUUUGCUUUUAUGGUCCCUCUUGUUUUCAUGCGGGACCGGUUGGAGGAAUGGUCUUGAGUGGAAAAUUCAGGAAUCGCAUUUUCCCCCUUAUUCUUUUAUUCAUGGCGUUUGAGAUGAUUCUUCUUAUCUAGCUUCUUGUUCAAUAACCGAAUUCAAACUUUCAUUUCAUCUCACAUGCGGCAUUCUGCAGAGGGAAAGCUACAGGUACAUAAUUUUGCCCCACUACAGCACUUGACAUCCUUACUUAUCUAUGGAGAUCCAAGACGGUGAUAUGCAUGCAUGCAGGAGAGUUUCUAGAUUUUUGCUUGAAGCUCCCGAUGAUUUGUGACUUGCAUUAAUCCAACAGAAUGAUCACGCCGAGUAUAGAUAGAUACUGGGAUACAUACCACGACGCCCACUCCGUCCGUCACCUUUAUCAUGAAUCUCCAAGCCCACGGAUUGACCGGAAGCGGCA